AUGGGUCUCUUUCCAAAGAAGCCAAAAGAUACCAAGAAGGCAUCUAAGAGUCAACCGAAACAGCAGUCCAUACCAGAACCACGGCUAGAGCCCAUUGGGUCGACGCAGGACAUCUACGCAAGGGCGUCGAAAAAUUACCCAAGCUACGAGAUUGCCCUGAAAAAUGUACUCAAUCGAUGUCCUCCUGCGGAAAACGACGCCGCUUUUCAACGUCUCAUCAGGAACCUGUGGGAUCAAACCCCCGAGUACGCUAGGGGCAUCCAGGACUACACCGCGAAGGCUAGACAACGGAUCUGGGAGGCCGCUGAGCUGGAAAGGCUCAACGCUAAGAAUGCCAACCGCGAAAAGCUGUUGAACGACGAGGAGCGGCGUGGUCUGGACGCUUACAAUGCUGGUGGGGGAUGA